AUGCAGAGAGUCCAGGAGGAGAAUCCGCAGAAAGGAUGGGUAUGUAGCUUUGCCUUAAUCUCUUUACAGAGUUAAUAGAAAAAACUAGAAAAAGCCAAGAAAACGGACGCUGGUAAGCGUUUCAAUGGUGAAAUAUUGAAAAUGUGUUUCCUCGGGCGUCCGCAUAUUAAAAAUGAGGUGGGGGGAAAAAACUUCUAAGGAUAUAAAAAGUUGCAGGAUUUUCAUGCGAUGAAUAUCAUCAUCCUUCUCACACUUUUACAAUAUAAAAAGAGACUUCUUUAAAGAUACAUUUUUUCGGUUUUCCUUUUUGUGUAGUUCAAUAAAGACACCAAAGUUCAAGAACGACCAUAUAGUUCAACAACUACACGAGUUCAGAAAAUGACACGAGUAUCAAUGUAUGUUUAUUAGGUAAUGUCAAGGCAGGGGAUCUACUGGGAGUGGGAGUGCAGGGGCAUCAGUUUAAUUUUCAAUCAUUGAUGCUUUUUAACUUACUUGGACUCCAUGCUAUUGUCAGUUACAUCAAGUGACACUGUCCAGUUCCAACAAUCUUCGGGGCCUGCUCGUACAGUUUUAUCACCCAGCUUGUACAGUUUUAUCACCCAGCUGAUGUAGCUUUGUGGUAAUUUCUCAGUAGGCGUAACUUAGUAAAGACCCAAUCGUUCCAUGACUAUAGGUGGUCCAUUAUAAUAGCUCUAAAGCCCCUCUUUAAAAUUUGCUGUUGUACUGCCUCUGCUGAUAUAUUUCACAUAGCCUUGCCUUUUAGCUAUUGGUUUAAGAUUAGAAAUCAGUCUUUGGAUUAUCCUGAUAGGUUGCUUGAAGUUACAAAAAUUUAUAAUUCAAGGGAGACAUAUUUUUUUACCAUUGCUUGGGGGGGGGGGCGGGGGUGGUGUUUGUGGUUUAAUGUGAAGUUUAGGGAGUAGGUGAGGAAAACCAUUAUAACAUCUGAUUUAAGAGAUGCUUAACAAAUAAUUAGGGAUUUUAAGUGAUAAUAUUGCCUUUAUUUAUUUUGUUUUGACCUUUGUAUAUAUAAAUAAUCUCUUUUUAUCUGACUGAUUUUACAAUUAGGUGCUUCCUUAGUUGGGAAUACUCUGUAGAUGAUGAGAAAAAACAAGCAGUGUAUGAUGGAGGAGGUGCUGCUUACUAG